CCGGCCUCAGAAGGUAUGUCUGUGCCCGUUUCUGCCUUCAUGUCCUCUGCCCAUCUCCACCCACGUGUACAUCGUACAGCAUCCCGCAGAGGAAAGCAAGGUGCUGAGGACUGUCCCUCUGCUAGCAGCCUGCCUCCCCCAGGACAAGUGCAAAGUGAAGAUCGGGCGCCGCUUCAGCGAAGAAAGAGACACUGAACUUUCAACUGUUUGCCGGAAGCCUGGUACAUUAAUAUUGUAUCCUGGGGCCGAAGCCACAAACUUGGAAGACUUUCUAUUGGACUCUCCUGUUUAUCCCUCCACCCUCAUCCUCAUUGAUGGUACGUGGAGCCAGGCCAAGGACAUUUUCUACAAGAACUCUUUGUUCCGGCUUCCCAAACAG